AUUGUUUACUCACUGAUAAAAAUUUCAAGUUCUACUAAAUUUAAAAAAAAAAGGUUUCUGGUAACUUCCUUUUUUUCUAACACAUAAAUCUGUCCUAAUGAUAGUUUUUGUGUAUGGACACAAAAGCAACAACGCAAAGCAGCACAAAGACUUCACAGUGAUUCUACUGCAGAAAAGUGAGCAGGUAGAAAUGGAUUCUCCAAGCCUGACUGCUCAUCACUGCCUUUGUUGUCCGUUUAAAAAUCAGCCUUGGGUUUCUGGACUCUAGUCAGCAUCUACACAGCUAUAACAUUGCUCUGGAUUCUGGCUUUGUCACUUUGUGUUAGCAUGCCAUCUGUGCACAUGGUUGCAAAGAGCCAAAGUUGUGUUAGCAGCAUAAUGCAGUUGUUUGUGUCCUGGAUGUGGUGUGUAUUUCAUUAUCACACUUUUGUGCAUUAAAAAUCAAAUGUAUAUCUCCACUAUAAACCACUGCAGCAUUUUCCUCCUGAGGGACACGAACUAAAAAAAACUGAUUGUAGCUCAGUGUGAAGGAAGGAAAGUGCCUGUUUUUGAUUUUUCUUUUCUAUCCACGCUGCGUCAAGACAACUGUAAUGUAAUUACAGCAUUGACUACAGUUACAUGUUACAUUACUGAUUCCCAAUGUGUGCUAUAUAUUUGUCCAGUUUGGUGUUUAUGCCUGCGGUCUACUAUUUAUAUUUGAUUCCUGCACGCUUGGAGUGAGCUCACCCAUCAUUUAGUUUUACAUGUACAAUCUCAGUAAAGAGCUUUUCUAAUUGAUCCUAUUCUAAUGUCACUGACAAAGGUUAUGUGAUGACAGUACUGUGUUACUUUGAAAUGCAUUAUAUCCAACACUAAUUAGUAUCAUUAUUAUUACUACUACACUCCUACCACCAUUAAUGACAACCAACUUUUGUAUUUCAUUAACACUAUGCAGCUGAAACUGAUUAAAAAAACACUCUGGUGCUUAUUUUAGUCAGAAGUUGGACUGACUUGAUGCCGUUCUCUCAUUAACAGUUUUUUAUAGUAAAGGUCAUGAAUGAGAGCAAAGGCAGGGAGGUGUCCUUUCCAGCUAAACAGAAGAGGAAUAUAAAAAUAAUGAAGGUCACAGUUUGAAUCAAUCAAUUUCAUUCAAUACAGUGGUGUACUGACAGAUCCAGGAUCAGUCCAAAUCAUCAGCAGUUUGAUCCACGUAUGGAUUGAAGUGUAUUUGUGAAACUCUUGGACUGUUCCUUUAUCAAUGUAAAACAGUAUGUGUAUGAGAGCCAUGCAAUGUCCAUGUGUGCAUGCUGAAAGAGACUGUGCUGGUCUGACCCCCCCUCCUCCUUUCAGGGUGGAGCCUGCUGGAGUCCAAUGGUUGAGACCAGGUCUGAGGAAGUAUUCCUGUCAACUUACAAUCGACACAAACACAGUAAACAAAAGACUCAAACUGUCUGACAACAACAGGAAGGUGAUGCGUGUGGAGAAGGUUCAGUCAUAUCCUGGUCAUCCAGACAGAUUUGAUGUCCGUCCUCAACUGCUGUGUAGAAAUGGUCUGACUGGUCGGUGUUACUGGGAGGUCGAGUGGAAAGGCAAUGUUUAUAUAUCAGUGGGUUACAGAAGAAUCAGAAGGAAAGGAGACAGUGAUGACUGUGUGUUUGGAUACAAUGAUCAGUCCUGGAGUCUGUGGUGCUCUAAUGUUCUUGGUUACUCUGUCUGGCACAAUAACAGAAAAACAUCCAUAUCCUCUUCCGUCUCUAACAGAGUAGCAGUGUAUGUGGACUGUCCUGCUGGCACUCUGUCCUUCUACAGAGUCUCCUCUGACACUCUGAUCCACCUCCACACCUUCAACACCACUUUCACUCAAACUCUUUAUCCUGGAUUUAGUAUCUGGUCUCCUGUUUCCUCAGUGUGUCUGUGCUGAGUUGAGUAUAAAGAGUGUCCUCCUGUUAGAGAAACACUCUGACUGUUGAACAGAUAGUUCAGUCCGUACAUGUCUGUCUCUUUCACUCAGAAACACGUUUUCAGAUUCACGGAUUCAAUCAGUUGAUGUUUUAAACUGAUUGAAUCCUCUUCAGAUGGGUCAUAAUGCAUGUGGCUUAUCUAAUAAACAGCAGACGCUGCAUUGAUUAUUUGAAACUAGUCUUGUCUUAAUCGUGCACCUUUUGUGUUUCAUGUUAGAAAAAUUGCUUUGAAUCUUCAAAGACAAAAAUAUAAAGGGUCAAGACAAUCCCUAAUUUCAAAUAAAGAAAGAACAGCACCAGCUUUGGUUGAGUCACCUCCAAAAAACCUCUUAAAUGGCAUCUACUGUCUGGAAAUGUUUGUAAACUUCCCUUGCCAUCUAUCCCCAAAGGUUCUCAAUUAGAUUUAAAGCAGGGGAACAUGCAGGUUGGUCCAAAAGAGUGAUGUUAUUCUCCUGGAAGAAGUCCUUUGUCAUGCAGGCAUUGUGUACUUUAGCGCUGUCCUGUUGAAAAACCCAGUCGUUACCACACAGUUGAGGGCUCUCAGUCAUGAGGGAUGCUCUGCAAUGUCUGGACAUAGCCAGCAGCUGUUUGAUGCCCCUGCACCUUCUGAAGCUCUGUUGUUCCACUGAAGGAAAAAGCACCCAAACCAUUAUAGUGCCCCCUUUACUGCGAAAAUUUGAAAAUUAAAUUGUUUUAUGAUAAUUAAGUAAAGGUCACAUUAAAAUGUGAAAAUUGAUCUGUUAAAUUAACUUUUUUUGUUUUUUGCUUUAGAAACCUGGAAUUACAGCUACUUUGCUAAUUUUUUUAAGUGAAAAUGUGCUACAUUUGACAUUUAUUACAUUUAUUUGGUGCAUAUUGUUGAAAAAUGUCAGUUUCUUAUUCACUGGUUAGUGACUGGCUAUGUAGUGAUGGGUUUUAUGUAGGAGUACCACUGCUUUCUAUGUCCAACCUUUCAUUCGAUACAUCUUUAAAUGCUAUUUCAUGUAAUCAAGUUUGGGGGGUUUUAUUAGCUGCCUUUUUUUGGUAAACAACUUCUUUAUUGUAAUUUUGUGCUAUCUAUUGAUAAGGGUUUUUCUGUGUUACUGGAAGGUCUUUACCUAAAUUAUCAAGUGCCUUGAGGUGACUGCAAUUUUGCACGACAGAAAAUAAAAGUUGAACAUGUACCUUACAGAGGACUGCCUGAAGACACGAUCACAUCUGGGUAAGAGUGAAGACAACUCAAAUUUAUCAUUUAUGGUUUUUGUAAUUGUCAGUUGAGUUCAGUAUGAAUGCGUAUAAAUUGUUAUACGCUUUCAUAUAACAGUUGCAUGUGUUGAGGUGGAUGCAGCUGGCAGGUAGACCCUCAUUGUUUUUAAUACAUACAAAGUUCAGUGUCUGAUUUGUAAUUGGUUGAGUACAAUUGCAUAAGAAAAGUGUCAUGGAUGCUACAAAAUUGUAUUUGCAGAAAAUUAAAAAGUCCCAAAAGAAUUAAAAAUGGUUCCCAAAAUGUGUGCAUUUAUAAAUCUUUUGUUAAAAUGUGUUGUAUUAAAUAUAAACUGAAUCAAGUAUGAGGAAAACGUUUGUUUUUCUAAGUAAUACUAAAGUAGUUUCCUUUGGAUGUUUCCAUGAUUUUAAAAAAAAAGUAAUCUUUUGAUAUUCUAUAACUUACUCAGACUCAAAAUCUCAUUUCCAAGAGAGACCUGGACCUGAAAUAAGAUUAAAUGAAUCACAUUAAGAAACUCCCCUUCCAAACAUAAACUUUAACCAUUUUUCAAACACAAACACAAACAGAUCCUAGUUAGUGAAGUGAAGUGGAACUCGUGUCACAUGGAAGACCAGGUUCCCUGAAGGGGAGUGAGAAGUAUCCCUUGCUUUUUUUGCGGCUCAGAAAGUAGAGCAGGAAGGUUUUAAUUGGAAGGUUCGUGGCUCAAUCCCGAUCUGUCAAAUAUCGUUGGGCAAGAUACAAAUCUCAAGUUGAUCUCUGAAUUCAUGAGUUAUAGUAUGAAUCAGUGGCGGCUCCUGAAAAAAAUCUCAGGGGGGGCAAUUUUUAUGAUAUCGACUAAAAUGACCCAUU